UUUGUUUGCGGAUCAUGCCUUAACAAUAGUUUGUUUGCGUUUGGCUGUGUGGUUGUGUGCUUUGCUUAGCGCAUAGCAACCGCUUGUAGUAACUUUAAGCGAAUAAUAAUACUGUACAAUAUUGGCCGACUGUCGCAAAGGAUUUUUGACAGGAUUUUUACAUCCAAGGCAACGUAAACUUGACUGACGCAUGGUGAAAUUUUCAGUCGAUGAAAUCUGUUGACUUUGGAGACCAAACAUGGAAUCUGGUCGACAGUCCAGACAGAAGAUAGAGUCCCAAAGAAUACGUCUUGCUGAAGCAAUCACUAAUGGCAGACUCUAUCAGACCAAAAUGAUCUUAGUGGACUUCACAAAUUUAAACUACCUAGAUGAGGAAGGCCUGAGUCCUUUAAUGCGGGCUUUUAUGAUCGAAGACAUAAAACACCGCACUAGGUCAGCAAUGGUGAAGCUUCUUAUACACCAUAAGGUAGACGUGAACUUACGCGACAAAUAUGGGCAACAUGUGUUAAACUGGGCUUGUAAAAUGAAUAAAUUUGACUUGGUUAAAUUACUACUCGAGAAAUGCCUACAGGAUGUCGAGCUUACGUCGCAAGAUCGCGAGGGAAACACGCCACUUAUCUGCGCGGUUAUUAACAAUAAUGUAAAUAUGGUUAAGUUACUCGUGAGCGCUUUGAAAAAGUUUUCCUUAAGUGUUGACCACAGAAACAACCAGGACAAGACUGCUUAUUUGAAAGCGUUGGAAAUGGGUUUUAACGAAUGCGCGAGCAUCUUGUCCAAAGUGGGCAAAGCAUCUCAGGAUAUUAAGGUGAACCCGUUUCUAGAUUUCCUCCCUAUCCCGAAUACGGGAUCCUCCGAGAAAAUCCGAGCUCGUUCGGCGCCAUUACCUAAAGAUUACAGUAACAUCAGACAAGGAUACAAGGAUUCGAAACAGUCCAUGGUUAAUCAGACAAGCACAUGUGUUAAUGACUCGCUUUUUGAUGGAAACCGGUCACAUUUUACGCGAAAUAAAAAGCAGAGCAACAGGCUCUUCAAAUCCAGAAAAAUCCAUAGCGUUGUUUCUCAGAAAACCCAAGAGGAAAAUUCUAAAACGUCUUCGCAUAAAACAACCAAAAGUGACAAGACAAAAAGUGCGAAAGUCGUGAAAAAUGGUCACAAUGUUAAAAUUUUUGUUCAAGAUGAGGAAUUCAACACAACAUCUGGGCAUGAUGGAGUACUGGAUAAAAAUGAACCAAGGAAUAGUUUGGGAAAAUCAAGGGAAAUAAAUUCAGUUGCGAAAACGAAAGGCCCUCUUCUACGUCUCUUACUGGACAAAUCACAAAGUCAAAGUUCGAGUGCUCAGCAUUCGCCUCGAAGUAGCGUGUCUUAUACUUCAUGUAAUCAAAUUGUGAAGGGCAAAUCUAGAGCUAUUCUGCCAACCAGUCCAUGGAGCAGACGAAACAGUCAAGAUUAUAAACCAUUCUUGUCAAGUGUUAAUGGUUACUUCGCUGAUAAACAGGUGAGACUCAGUGGGACUAUAGCAUUUCUCCUUUAAACGAGCUUACGAAAGUCAGGGUUCUGCUUGGUUUUGCUGGAGACAAAACUCCCUUAAGUUUUCCGAAUAUAUUUUCGAUCGCCACUUUGGUUUAAGUAAAAAAUGCAAUCCCCGAAAAAAUCACUCUCACGACCAAUACUCAUAAUCGUCGCUUUGCAGCCGCGCCGAGCUGGCCCAAAAACACUUUGCGAGAAAAAUGCUGUGCUUUGUAACACCGCGGUCAAACGUAAAGCGCAUGCGCGAGCAGUGGCGUAAGGCAUAUUUGGUGUGGGGGCCCCUGUUGACUGUUGUCAUUGUUUGACUGAGAUAUUAUAUUUAUAUUGAAUAUUUAUAGAAUGUUCUGGAAAAUUCCAUGUCUAUAACAAUAACAGUCUCCAACACAUGUAACAACUAAUAAAAAUAAAUUUUGUUUUAUUUUUGAGAUGGAAUAAAAAAAUCAGCUACCGUUGUCGAUGGAGGCUUUAUUAUUUAGUAUUACUUACCAAUUUUGCGUUUUCCCAUUUUAUACGUUUUCUAAUUUUCUAGGCGAUAGACAGUAGCUGAUGGAGGCCCCUAACUGUCGGGGGCCCUUAGUUUUUAAACUAACCCUACACAAUGAGGACCAAUGACCGUUACGCCACUGUGCGCGAGUAUACGGAAAUGGCGGGAAACUGGUACUUGUCUGAUAUAUCUGGUUGUCAUAGACUACCCCCCCCCCCCAAAGUAUGUUCCAUGUCGUAACAUUUAUUGUACUUUACAACUUUUAAGCCGUUUGAUGAUAACAACGAAUCUCAUGGGAAAACGUUUGCGAGCUAUCACUCAUACCUCGUGUGGAAAGCCUCUCUGGACCAUCCGCCGAACUCGUUACAAAAUUUCCUCGCAUUACAGGCCGAACAGCGCUCGGAAAGUUCGUCGUAUCGGAAAGGAAUCAUAAUUCCGAAGUACGAACCUACUUCGGAUGACUCCGCAUACGAUCGGAGCGGCGGCGCGACGUCGCCCAUUUCCGAACGUAGUAGCAAAUCAGAGGCUGGCAGAAGAAUUUCAGCAGUUGCAAAAACUGUCGGACUGUCGAUAUACUUGAACAGACGAAAACUGUCGUACAAAAAAGAUAACUGAUGCAAACAAUUCGUAAUGAUUGACACUUCCCAACUAAACAGGAUCACAUUGUCAGCUUCGAGUAUUUGGGAAGUGCGCAUGCCAAAGUACAGUCAGAUGCUUGCAUAUUUCUUAUUAUAUAUAAUCGUUAUAAUACAACAUAAUGAAGAUUGACUUUUUUCUGUGUUGGUGUAAUGUACUCAGGUGAAUAUGAUGUUUGUGAUGUUACUCUUAGUGUAUAUUCACACCGGACAAGCUUGAAAAAUCUGCCUGGCCAUGGUGGGAAUUGAGCCUACGCGGACCUUUGGAAUACUAGCCCAAUGCUCUGCCAAUUGCUCUGCCACUUGUCCAGUGUGGAUAUACACAGCCCAAUGCUCUCAACUUGUCCAGUGUGGAUAACCUAUACAUAGUAACAUCACAAACCUCAUAAUGAAGAUGCUUUUUAUUAUGGCUAUGUUUCCACUAUACCUGACAGCUUUCCGUAGCGGAGCGAAAGCACCUAUCCAAUGCGGAAUGUACAAUUUUCAGAAGCUGAGCGAAACAACAUCUCUCCUUGCAAUAUUAAUUCCUCUGAAAAGAGCGUUCCUAAAAGGUACGGAUAGGUGGUUUUUUCCACGUCGCUACGGAAAGCUAUACAGUAUAGUGUAAAUGUAGUCCAUAUCGUCCGCAGGCGGUUUCCCGCCAUCAGAAAUAUUAAAGGAAUACCGAAUGGUUUUCCGUGCAGGAUUGCGUGAUCCAUGCACGAGGGAUGUCGCGAGACUUUCGGAAAGCGUAAAAAUACUCGAGCCGCAGGCGAGUGUAUUUUUACGCUUUCCGAAAGUCGAGCAACAUCCCAAGUGCAUGGAUCACGCUAUUCUGCUUGGAAAACCAUUUGGUAAUUAAGCUCUUUGUAUGUUUGCAUGGCGAUAAAAUACAUAAUAGUUUGGUAAUAUUUGGUAAUUGUUUUAUAAAAUAACUACAGUGAAACAAUGACAUUUUGAGAAACCCGCGAAAGCAUUUUAAUUCCUCGUGCAGGAUAGCCUGAUCCUGCAUGGCUAGUGACCAAUCAAAUUGCGUGUUUCACUGUAGUUAUUAUAUAAACAGCGUUCUUAUCUAGGAGUAAUGGGUGGAUAAUCAGCGCGUGCGUGCAAUGUUGGCUAUAUAUUAUCUUGUCUUACUUUAAUUUCCUUUCUUCCUCGUAUACGUUGAUCCGUCAGGUUUACCAAAUAUUACUUCGCUUGCCAUGUUUAUAAACAGGCCUGUCUCAACAACACCU